GAAUAAUAAAUCCACUUUUGAAUCUGGCAUUGGCUGAAGAUGAUUAACCCCAAGUAAGAGAGAUUCAGAAGCAGCAGCAAACAAUGGAGCCGGUGCCGCCCUAUCUACCGGAAUCUAUCCUGGAUGACGAAGGUCAACUUUUCUCUUCUCAGUUCUCCCCUCCGGUUUGUCAAGGCAGAUCUUUCCUCCAGGCGAUGAAGGACUUCGGCGAAAGCAACGAACCGGCUCCUCAGACGAGCCGUUCAAUCUUUCAGGAGCAGGUGUUUCGUUCCUACGAGGUCCACCAGUUAAUGGUGGACGCCUCGACCGCGCAGACUGCUGCGGAGGCGCUCAGGGGGACCUUUGAUUACGUUCAAAACAACAGACCAGUGAUGCAAAACCUUUACCCUGACCUCAGAAGCCCCUAUCAGGGUUCGGUGUGGAGCCCGGCCUUCAGAGAUUUCCCCCUAGCUGUUCAUCCCACUCCACAGAACUUCCCCACAUUCUCCCCUUGCGGUACAAGGGUCUGGGAUGGCGCGUCUCCGUAUCAGUACGUCCCCAGAGCUCCUGGAGACCCCUCCUGCGGGAUGAACACGGGUUUCCUGCCCCCAUCGCCUCACUUUGGGUUCAACUCUGGCACCUACAUGCUGGUCAGGGUCCCAGAGUUCUGCCAAGGAGCGUAUUUACCUCCUCACCAACAGUAUAUCCAACCUGAAGGUUGUCCCAGCUGGUGCCUGUGCCUGCCAACAGCGCGUUUCUGCCACACCGGCAGACCACCACUGUUUCACAGGACAAGAGACGGCGUGGUGCUGAAUGCUACUCCGUCUUUAGAGGACACGUGGCCCACCGAGGCAGAAGAAGAACAUCACUACAUUCUUACACCUGACAAGACCAAGGUACAAGGAAGCCAUUUUUCUUCCGAACCCCUGGUUGGUUAUCAGGAUCAUCUCCAAACACAUUGGACCUGGGAGGACAACAAAGAUGUCCCCAACUCCUGCUGCCCAAAGAGGCGAGAAACGGUUUGUGAAGAGCAAAAUGUUGAGCAUGAGCAGGAGAGUCCAGCGACGGGAAGCAGCAUCUCCACAGAGAACCUGGAGGAUGUGAGCAGCGACUCGGACUCGGUCAGCAAUGCGGGGUCGAUCCUGAACACGAAUGACCAGAACUGCCUCCGUCCUUCAGACCUGGACAUCUUGGAUCAAUUCACUCUGGAAGACCUGGAGGCUGUGAUAUCAGACGCAUUAGACCCACUCUGCAACCAGAAAGACGCCAUUACCAAGGAGACUCCUCCACCGCCGGCUGAAAUUGAAAGAAUAAUCCAGUACCUACUCUUGGAUGCUCCGAUCUCAGAGUUUGAGCCAAACUCAAACCACAGCAGGCAAGAUUUGCCGGUGAAAGAGGAGCCGAGUAUGGGCUGGUCACCUUCCUCUCGGUACCGGCGGUCCCCCCUGGAAGAAACACUGGAGGACCGAUACAGCUCCUUUCCUCUGGAUGACUGUUUUGAGGAGGACAUGAGCCAUGAGAAUUUGAAGCAGGUUCAUGGGGACGACGGGAACAGACGGCGUAAAAUACAUCCAGUGAAACGCUCUCCAAGAGGAGCGGCAAGAGAAAAGGCCACGGUUACCGACGCCAGACCACAGAUCCGCCUGGUCAUCAGGAACAGUCAGGCGGUUAAGGGCCACACCGAUGAAUCAGAUGGAUACGGCUACACUUUGAGAGCUGAACAGAGGAAACCUGGAGAGAUGUUCACUCCACACAGAAGUUCGUCAAGCAACGGGAAGCAGAGAAAACAGGCCUGUGCAAGAAGACAGCUAUUUAAAACGGAGCGGUUAGAUUAUAAAGAGAUGACGCCCGGCAGAGCCAAGAAACCGGCUGAGAGGACAGCGGGUCAGGAGCAGAAAAGGUGCCAGGGAAGGAGGCAGGAACCCGAAGCACCAAGAGGGAAACCUCUGGAUUUCUGUAGAACAAUGGGGACAGCUAGCAACUGGUUGUCUGGUACGCAGGAGGAACCACAAGACGAGGAGGAAGAGGAGGGUGUAAUUUCAAAGGCUGUGAGACGUAAAACUCAAAGCAAAACCGCCAAGGAGAGCGUCCAGCCGGCUAAAAGGAAAACCAAAGGCGCCAAGUCCUCGCCGAAAAUAAAGGCGCGGGUAAAUGUGUACGAAGACCCGGUCGAAUUUCAGCUCCCUCAGAGUCGGCAGAAAGAAGAAUGGACAGGAGAGAAUACGCGUGAAACGGCCCGGCCUCUGGAACUGUUCAAAAGACUCAAGGCCAGGGUUUCCAGAAGUCGCUUUCCACCUGCUCAGUCCACCGAGUCCAAACCAGACCAAACCGUUGAUGAAUGUAGUCACAAGGUCCUGAACGCCAAGAAGUGUCCCUCCAGGAGGACAAAGAAGUCCCCCCCUUUGAAAACUGCUGAAAGAAGCCCCGACUUUCUGCAUCCAGCGUUCAGUGAUGUGCCCACGCAGCAACGCAGUGUCUCCCCGGGGGCCAACGCCGCCGACCGAAAGCCAAGAGUUUCCCAGAAGAGAAGGUAUAAACCAAGGAUCAAGCCUGAACCGAGCACAGAUCAGACGGAGGACGAGGAAGCAGAACAGCUCUGCUCUCAGGCUACAGCGAAGAAGCGGCGGCAGAGAAGCAACGCCCCCCAGAAAAGGAAAGUUGCCGCAAACGAGACCGUGGAAAGCCUUUGGUCAAAGCCAGCAAAACAGCCCCGGGAGUCCAAGCAAAGAGGGGUCAAACUCAGAAUAAAGAUGGAGAAAGGGAUCCUACAAAGAACCUGGGUUACAGAGUAACAAAUCAGCCCA